AUGGAGAAUAUGAGACAUUAAAUGAAUGAGGCUUUCAAUAUCAAUCUCAAUUUUGGUUCUGAUUUAUUUCAAUUAAAUUUAUAAACUAAUGGGAAUUAAAGAUAGCAUAUAUAAAUAAGAACCUUAGGACCAGAAAUCCAAGUAUAAUAAUUUUUUAAUAUGCCUACCUUUCAAUUCAUUUAUGAUGAUGAUGAUAAUUCUGAUUAAGAAUAUUAAUCUUAUCCAAGUUAAGAACAAGAAGUCCAGUAAAUAAGACAAGCAUAACCGAUGAGUUUAAGUGAAAUUAAAGGGAUACCAACAUAAAAGUAUAUUCCUAAUAAGAAAAAUAAAAAUUGUGUUAUUUGCAUGAUAGAUUUUAAGAAAUCUAAUAAUGUUAAAAUAUUGCAUUGUUUGCAUCAGUUUCAUGCAAAAUGCAUAAAUUAAUGGCUGAAAUAGAAAGGGGAAUGCCCUGUAUGCAGACACUAAUUAAAAUGA